AUGGAAGGAAAGAAUGUGCCAUCUUGGGAUGAGUCGUAUGGACAACUCCCAGCGGGAUAUGGCGCAGAUGAACCGCAGAGAUCACAGUCUCCGCAUGUUGUCGACAAUCCUGGUAGACUACCACGAGGAGUAUAUAAAAAUCGAAAGGACCGGGAGGAAACAGCGCAGACGCGAGGGGUUGGUGCCUGUAUUCGUUGCAGAAUGCAGCGUAUUAGAUGUGUCUUAAAUCCUGACGAUCCACGGGGCGUAUGCAUUACCUGCAUGAAACCUACCAAAUUCAAAGCCUCCAGGCUUCCGUGUCUGCGGUACAAGCUUACCGAGGUGCGGCUUUUUACGGAGAGCAUGGCACCAGGACUUGUAUGGAGCACUAGAUGGCAAGAUUUGCAAUUGAAAGACAUCAAUGUUUGGGCGUCUUCGGAAACAAGAACAAUCAAGCUGACUCAGGAUUAUGUUGCCACGCCACUAACUUUCCAGGUCAGGCAAUUUGUUCCUCUGGAAUCAGACAUGUUAGAUCGAAGAUGGGCUCAUGGGUCUGUCAAGAAGUCGGUGACUCUCCCACCAUACGCAUUUGCAAACAUGAGAGAGGCAUUGGAGAUCUACAAGGACUUCAUUAACCGAGAAGGGACACGGCAUUUAUAUAGCAUACUAGAUCGCAAUGACGGACUAGUCUGGGCGACCUACGGUACAGCUAUCAAAGCUUCUAAUAGUCCAACAGUUACAGAACCCGAGAAAAUACUGUUGAAAAUGAUAGUCCGGCUUUGGGUGGCCUCUCGAAUGACCACCAAAUCAGAGCGAAUCUGUGGGGAUGACAUACUCGAUAUGCCUCAAAAUCUCCUCGACGAAACUCACCCCAUGCAUGGACAGAUACCCAUUCCACCGGUCAUGGGUGCUCAAAUUGAGACUCUGAUAACUCACAACAUCAUGGCCCGACUUAAACCUCGCAUCUUGGAGCAGCUUUACAAUCUCAUCACAGCCAACAAGCCAAGCAAUUGGCUCUCAACAUACCUAUGCACUUUUAUUUUGUUACAUGACUGCUCUCUAAAAGUUGCCAAAAACGCUGUUUAUGCAAGGAAGCAUGGUAUGAAAACUCAAUUUGCAAACAUGGAUGCCAUCUCCGAGAUACAGAUGGGAGCCAACAUUCUGCUAGCUUAUUUCCACUACUCUUGCAAAGGAUACCGGGUCUUUGAAGAUGGAUGGAAAGAGGGGAAAAUGAAAUCGAUGGCCAGUUUGAACGAAGAGCAGGCACAGUUUAUCCAAAAAACAGCGGAUUACGUGAAGAUAAACAAGCAUCACUUCGCUAAGGUAGUCGAUCAAAAGCUGUACGAACACGAGCACUACUUCAUUGCUCAACUAUACGACGAUGACUGGAAGCCAAAACCGACUGUAUAA